AUGCGUCACUCUUCACAGUGUGACUGACUGAAGCUGAAGCAUAAGAAUGGAUAGAGAUACACAACGCCAUCAUCAUCAUCAUUCUUCCUAUACUAGUUUCUUCACACUACACCCCAUUAUUCGAGCAGGCUAUCCAAACGAAAAUAUUGGUGGAGGUCGGGCAGGAGUAGAUAUGUAUCAAGGAGGUUUAGAAAUGAGAGAGGCAAUACUGAGGGAGAUCGUGAAGGAAAGGAUUAGAGGGGAGAUUAUUGCAGAGGAAAUAGAGCGCAGACGCAUUUUGGAGAUUGAGGUGCGAAAUGAGAUGAUUAUGGAGCGACACAUGGCUAUGAGGAGUAGUGAAGGAAGAGUUUCAGCAAUGAUGCGGUUAUCACUGCCGCCAAGCCACAUUAACCUGUUUGAGCAGAGAAGUUUGAAUCCACAACCGAUUCAUUUGGAGGAGAGAAUUUUCUUGUCCAUCGACGAAAAGCUCGGCUGUGAAAGUCGGGGCUCGUCAGUUACCCCAUUUCAGCCCUGUGGGGAUUCACUUAAAAUUAAAGAAACUCCUACGGGAGUUACGGUUGUCCCAUUUCAACGACAUGAUGAUUCACUUGAGACUAAAGAGAUAUUUGUACCCCCUGAGGAUAACAAGAAGGACAAUAUCGUUCUGGGCAAGCCCUAUGGUGAAAUUCUGUCUGGAACAAAACAAAAGUUGACAUCACCAACUGCAGAAUGUUCAAGCAACCCUCGUGCAGAUAGUUCUAAGAAGAAAGUGAAGAUGUGGAGCUGUGUAAUUUGCCAGGUCAGUACCACAAGCGCGCAUGCUUUAAAUGAUCAUCUUCAAGGAAAAAAACACAAGGUAAAAGAGGCAGAUUUUAUAGCUAAGAAAACUGGUGCUAACUUCGGUCUUGGAGUUACACCCAAGAAACGUGUAGUAAAUCCUUGGAAACUUGCUUUAACAACUGCCAAUGUGAAGAAAUCAGUAACGAAAAAAGCAUUUGGUACGGGUGCCCCUAAUGAUACUAAGAGUGAAAGUAAGAAGAAAAGAGAAAUCAAGAGAGAUAAAUACCCGUUUUGGUGUGAGAUGUGUCAGGCAGGAGCCGUCUCUGAGAAAAUAAUGAACAUCCAUAAGAAAGGUAAGAAGCAUUUAACAAAUCUUGCUAAAGUUUAUCGAAAUGGUAAAGUCAAUUCUGAAGCUCCUGCAAGUGAAAAGUUCUCUAACGCUGAAGAAAACUCUGAGAUGGACAUGAAAAAGGCAGUGGUUGAAAAUAUGGUUGCGUUUGAGGAUAGAACCAAAGCUGAAACUGAAACAGAAAAUGCAGUGGUUUUAGAAGAUGUUACUGAUGAGAAGUCUGAGAGAGGAGUAAACAAGCCGAUGAUUGUAGAAGUGGUUGAAACGGUCCAGUAUGGGAUGGAAAAUGUUACUGCAGGGGAAGCUGAAACCGUUAUGGAUGACAAGGAGAAUGUUGCUGAAGAUGCAAAUAUCUGAAUAUCUGAUCAGUUGGUAGCACGUUGUACAGUGGAGAUGUUGUGAAGCAGAAUUUUGUGCCUAUAUGGUGUCAAUGUCCUUUCCUUGUCGCCAUUCAGGUUUAGGUUUUGGUAAUCCUUGAAAUUAGUAUACUAUCAUGAUUAAGUUGACUCUAGACUCUGGUGGAUAUUUUGAGGGAUUAUGGCACCAAAGUGUAAGAAACUAUGUCAUUUUGUCUAUGUUAUGUAGUGUACUAUACAAUUGUCUAUUGUAUGUAAGAAACUUGUUAAAUUUGUCAAAACCAUGUAAGCCACCAGCUUCUAGGUUACGCUUACUAGUUACUCCACCUUUUUUUACUAGUAAUUCCAUAAUAAAUGGUCACGCAUUAACCCUAA